AUGACGGACGCGCGCGUGGGAGAGCAUGGAAAGCUUCCCGUGACGCGCGUCGACGCGUCGUCGUCGUCGAGGGAUCCGAGAGCGCGCGGAGACGCGUCGGGACGCGUCGACAACGCUCGACAGAGUGAUGACGGUCUUUUGCGUCGACACUGGACGAGCGCGCGGGCGCGACGGGAGCGGGAGAGCCGGGCGUCGACGUCGAGGUCGUUGUUACAUAACACGAUCGGAUCGGGGGCGCUCGCGACGAGCAGUGCGUUUGCGCGAAGCGGGAUCGGGCUCGGAGUCGUGAGCGCGGCGGCGGCGUGGUACCUGGCGACGCUCACGCUGCACGCGCUGUUGUACUGCGCGGCGUCGAGAGACGUGUGGAGUUACGAGGAGUUAGUCAGCGGGGUAUUAGGGGAGGGUGGACGGAGAGUGACGCGGAUAUCAGUGGGGUUGUUGCAGUUCGGCGUGGUGGUCGCGUACGUGAACGUGGUGGGCGAUACAUUUUUUGUCGCGGCGUCGAGCGGGAUUUUGCCCGCAGGGACCGAGCCGACGCGGGAGCGCGUGCUGUGGGCGGUCACGUUUGGGGUGUUUCUCCCGCUCGCGGUGUUCGUGAAGUCUCCGGAGAGGUUGACGAGGAUGGUGAACUUUGGAUACUUUGCCACGGCAAUGUUUGGCUUUACGCUCGUCGUGCUCGCGUUGAGACGGUUCGACGACCAGCCGACGCCGACGCCGACGCCGACACCGACGCCGAUACCAACGCCGACACCGACGGUAACGAUGUGGAAUCUGGAUGGCCUGCGGGUGGUUUUUCCGAUCAUGAUUUUCAAUUUCGCCGCGCACGUCAUGGUGUUCCCGGUGCUUCAGACGAAGCAAGGCAUAAAAUCGCCGUCUCAGAUUGUCGCCGCGGCGGACGACACCAUGCUUUCUCUUUUGAUGUUUUACGUCGUCACCGGUGUGAGUGGGUACAUAGCGUUCGGAUCGAACGUGAACGGGAAUAUAUUGCGUAAUUUUGGCUCAAUCGGCGGAUGGCUCGGCGUGUGGGCGCGACUGGUGAAAUUUUUAUACGGGAUAUCAUUGUGCAGUAGCGUGCCGAUGAUUUUCAAAAGCAUGCGUGCGAGCACGCCGCGACUAAUGCGUUACAUUUCCAUGGUUACAGGGCAGUACUACGAGAUCGCUUUCGACGUGAUCGUGCUAUACGCCUGCGCCCGACUCGCGACCUCCAUCCCAAACAUCCAGCACGUCAUCGGCUUGGUGGGGAGCACGACGUGUUCCAUGCUUAUGUUCAUCCUACCCGGAAUAGUUUUCCUCAAAACGUAUCCCUCGUCGAGCGGUCAUCACUCAGUGCCUAGAUCGCCAGUGAGUACGACGCGAAGUAUGCAUGAAUUCACGCUAUUAGCCAGGCUUGGGCAGGGAGUGCGAGCGAGCGCACGUGGGAUGAUUAUUUUUGGCAUUGUCUUCGCAUGGAUAUGCACAAAGAGUACUUUACAAUCGCUGCGCGAAGAAGCGGAAGUCGUAGCAAUCAUUCAGCGCUUUCUAUCCGCUCAAAGUGCUCUCCGUUCGAGAGUGCAAGUUUACGACAGGAUUCUCACGGCGGCGACAAAGUUUCGACGAAUUGCGCUCGCCGAAAAAACCGUCUCAGCUCUCUCAAUAUCUGCAAAGUCUACGAAGAGUAGCGUCAUGGAUGCCGAGUUAAGCGUGACCAGAGCACACGACCAGAGUAGAAACGUGGAUUCUAUGCUCGACUCAGAGCUUCCUGAUCCGUUCUUGAAAAAUCAGGACGACGAGUUACUUGAAGCCAAGGAGAAGCUCACGGUGGCUGAUGGAACUUUGAAGAACUUGAGCGAGACUUUGCGAGAGGUACGAGAGACGCUGAAGGAUAUUGAUGUCGAGCCAACAAGCAAAGCAAAAGAUGGCAGUGCGAAGAAAGACGUUGAUACUCGUGAUGCUGUCUCCGAAACGUACGAGCACGCACGUGAGGCGGACAAAUAUCUUGAAGAAGCGCAGCGCACGACGGAACGUUUCACGGAGGACGUAGAUGACGACACCCACGUGAUGGAUUCAUUGUCGAGCGUAUCCAACGAAGUUGAAGAGACAAGUUCUCGCGUAGACGAGACGCUUGAGACCUUGCGCCAGGCCAAGGCGACAAAGGCCGAGGAAGUGUUACAAGCGGCUGUUGAAGUGGUGGAAGAGACGAACAAUGCGGAUAAUCUUAUAGAGAGCUUACGGGACAGAUCUGUCGACUCUAGCCAGGAAACGAAUGAGUAUCUCGUCGAAAAAAUUGUCAACGUGUCCGAUUCUGUCGCCGAAAAAGAGGCGCAACGCAUGGUCGAUGCGGUGAUGCAAAGCAGCUCAGAAUCUGACGAGGCGGUGCGGAAAGCGGGUGAGAUUUUGUCUGCGCUCUCCAGUGCUGCGACGUCCUCCGACGAGACCGUACUGAAGAAGUUCGUCAAUGCCACGAUAAAUGGGACCCGUGGAUAA